AUGGCAUCUUUCUUUCAAUCAUUUCGCAGCUCGUCGAUGGCGAAGCAGUUACUUCGCUUUGCUCUUUCGCGACUGGACCUCCUCGACACACAAGCGCUUGAUUUGGAGAACCUCGACUUUGCCCUUGGUCGAAAUACGGUUCUAGAGUUUCGAGAUGUUGGACUAAUUCUCCAGAAACUCGAGAGGCUUUUGGGGCUGCCCCCAGCCUUCUCUCUUCAAAAAGCCAAGGUCCUCAUUCUCCGCGUCACGAUUCCCAUGGACUUCUACGCCAGCCCCAUCACGGCCGAAAUAGAUGGGGUCGACAUUCGCUUGAAAGUCGCAUCUAAAAAAGAGAAGGACCGGCAAGACGCUGGGAAGAGAGGCAAGGGCAUGGCCGGUUCUGAGGCCGUGCCGACAGCCGCGGACCUUGCACAGUCCUUCUUGGAGACGCAGCCCGUGGCGGAGAAGGAGGAGUUGGAACAAGCUCUCGCCGCUGAAACCCAGGAUCUUGCUGCUUCCAUGGCUGCUAGCGAACCGGAAAGCGACGACGACUCGCCGGUUGGCACUGGCCAACCCCUUUCAUUACCCGUUUUCUUGACCAAUUUCCUGCACGGCAUCGUGGAUAGGAUUCAAAUUCGCGUACAGAGUGUUACAUUUCAGGCGGAUGUCGAAGUUGCGGUUGAUUCCAAUUCCCCAGUUCCGGAGCCCGUCACUUUCCAGCUAUCCCUGGAUAAUAUCAACGUGGAAGGCGUAACUUCAACAUCAGAAACGCCAGACGAGGCCUCCACAAUCGUGCACAAAGAGGGCAAACGCCAUGUUUUACUCGAUAAUAUUCGGGCGGCCUUGAUCACCGAGACAAACGUUCUCUCCUCGCUGGCUCGGUCAGCGUCGAUGCCCUCGUCAUCGGCCUCGCGAUCGCCUGUGGCCCCGCGCUCGCCCGUUGAUAACGAAACCACCGCCUUUAAUCCAUCCGGGCUGUCCCGCAGUGUCGGCUCCAGUGCAAUGGCCGGUUCAAGAGACAGUUCCGAUGACCUCCCGCAAAGCCAACACCUACAGGACAACGAAGCUGCGUUCAAUAUCCCGUACGAUUUUGGCGACAGCAACGAACCAAAUGAGGCCGACGAAGCGUCGCCCCUGUCUACCCCGAGGGCCUCUCUUUACCGCGGCUCGCCUCCGCCAACCAUCACUGAUCAUGCGAAGUCGGCGGUUCUCGAGCCUUCGCCUCUAAUCUGGUCGACCGCGGAGCGGGAGGCGCAAUCGGUGCCAUUUCUUCGCCCUCCUGAGGGAUUCCCCCUCUCCAAUGAUCCGUCUCCUGCAGCUUCCGUUCAUUCCAGCUCUACAAAUCGGAGCUCAGGCAGCUCGGCAAGAGACGACUUGGCCGAAUCACACAUAUAUAGCCACGAGGACGCCGAGAGCAUGUAUAUGAGCGCCUUUUCACAGACGGGGUCCCAGGGGCUGCGCACCGGCAUGCCGGGCGCCUGGGAUGCCUUUGACGACGCGGAGGAGAGCGAAACUGAAGCCGGGCCGUCCACAUCAACCCAGGCGGCCCCCUACGAUGGGUCCUUUGACCCACCCCAACCGGAUCGAAUUCCUUCGCCUGAGCAGCCAUCUCAAGACCAGAAGAGAAAUUCCCCCAGUUUCUAUGCACAGGAUUCUUCGGCAGAGGUACCCGAACCCCCACAAGACGACAUACCCACCCCUCGAGGGCCGACGCGCCUGGUAAAGCAACUCCUAUCGCUGAGCUCUAUCUCGAUCUACCUUCCGUCGAGUCACAAACACGUCAAGAUCGAUACCCCUGAUGACGGCAAAUCAAUAUCGCCAAACAUUCCAGGAGCUUUCUCCAUGCAUUCGGCGGCCGCUACGAGCCCCAAACCUACACCCGCCGACGAACCAGCCGGAGAAACAACACCCAUCGACCCAUCUAUUGAAAUCGUACUGAAGCCCGUAGAGAUCCAGUUCGACGCAUCAAUUGGGUUUCUCCUAGCCAUGGUUGUCGCCCAGCUCCUUGAAGCAGCUCAAGGUGGGUCGAAGGAUGCUGCGGGCCCUACAGCAGCGAAGCCGCCUUCGGCAUCCCCGGAUGUCAAAGUCACGGUCGAACAGUUGUCCGUCCUUUUCCUAGAGAAACUUGCAGGCGUCGCCGAUGUCCCUCAAAGGUUCUUCGAGAAAAGCACGCCAGACCUGAGUUCCGAUGUACUACUCCAAGCUCAGGUUGUUGAUCUCAGGGGUUCAGUCUCCCAUGACGGUCCGCAGACGGAGAUGGACUUCAGCAUCGAGAAACUAAAGUUUGGGUAUGCGAAUGACGACAUCGUCUCAUUUGAUCGCUCUGUUCUCAUGUUCGAGUCUGUUGCAAACACAUUUCCCUCCGCCGGUCAGGAUAUUUCGGUCAAGGCGACGAUGGGACCCGAGAUUUCGCGGCUAGAAGUCAACACCCUGCCCCUCUAUGUCCAACUAGAUCUCCAAAAACUUGACGAGGUGUUCGGCUGGUUUGGCGGGCUCAGCAGUUUCCUUAACAUGGGGACUUCCAUCACCGCAAACACGUCGAGAGCCGACAAAAGCCCGGCCAACCCAGUUCAAAAACCCAAGGGUGUCCGGUUUGAUGAGCCGGUCCACCCCGAUGACCAGGCCGUCACCAGGGAGAAUAAGACCGAUUUGCGCAUCAACGGCCUCCAGGUUGAUGUCUUGGGCAAGGAUUGUAGUGUGAUGCUGAAUACCAGCGCGUUCAAAUUGGUCAGCCGAGAAGGCGGCAUCGGGAUACAUCUCAGCAGGAUACGACUAUCAGGACCAUACUUCAAAAAUUCGAGAGCCGAACCCCCUAUCGUAAGCGAGGUUUUGGACACCAGAGUCGAAUUCCUGCCGUCGCCCCGAGCCAAGGAUCUUGAGAGGCUACUCGAACUCAUCACUCCCUCUAGCAACAAGUUUGACGAGGAUGAAGACGAAAUUAUGGUUGACACGCUACUGAGGCAACGCAGAAAAGGUUCUGUCCUUUCCUUGGCCAUCGGUAAGGUCAGAUUUGACGCAGGUAACCUGCCACAACUCACCUGCCUCCCAAGUUUGAUCGAUGACUUGGCUAAGCUCGGAACCGUUGCAAAAUAUCUCCCCGAGGAUGAUCGGCCAGGGCUUCUCACGUUAUGCCAUGUCAAAAAUGCCGAAUGCCGUGUUGAUUUUGGCGGCCGGUUCGGCGCCAUUCUGACUUCGCUCACCGACCUAGAAGUGGCACACAUCUCAAUGCCCCAGUUGGCCGCUGUCGCCCUUGGCGAAAUCGCGGUUACACGGAACAAGAUUGAGGAGCUGGUGGUGACUUCGCCGCCGCCGCAAACUGGUCCUUGGCAGAAUUUGCCGGUCUUUAGGUUGAGGUUGAUCGAUGACAUGGAACCAGUGCUCAAGAUCAAGCUGAUGGGAUUGGGCUUAGAGUACCGGGUUCCUACCAUCAUGGAUCUUCUCAACCUCGGCCAAGAUGUUACGCCGGAGGAUUACGAAGCCGGGUUGGCCGCAUCCGUUGCGAGCUUGGGAGAACAAGCCCAUACGGUCAUUAAGAGAGCAUCUUCGGGGUCGUUGACGUCGACGGGCCAAGCCAAGGCUCCGAGGUCGCUGAAGGUGGAUGUCGCCUUCCGGGACUGCCUCAUCGGCCUGAACCCCCUCGCGUUGCCGUCCAAGUUGACCGUCGCUCUCACCGACGCUCAUCUUGAGAUGGUGCCAGGGCCGCAAGAACUCGUUGCGGUAACGACCAUGAAGCGAGUUUCUGUCCUGUUAAUUGACGACAUAUCCAUCUUGGAAUCGCCCGGUGUCCGUUUUACGACGUCGCGACGCCCGCCGGUUGUCAUUUCUACACAAGUUGCCGAGUUAUGUACAAUGGGAUACGUCAACAUUUGCCAGAUUUCGUCAGCAAAGGCAACAGUGACAGUUUCAAGGGACUCACAAGGUGAUACGCAGUUGGAGGUUGAAGUUCGCGACGAUCUUUUGGUCCUUGAAACUUGUGCGGAUUCGACGCAAACUCUUAUCACGCUGGCCAACGCUCUGACACCGCCUACGCCGCCGAGCACGGAGAUCAAGUAUCGGACGACAGUCUUCCCCGUCGAAGACUUACUAGCUUCUAUCAGGGCGGAGACAUUCGGCCGAGCCGAAGGCGAGUACGACCUUGACAACGACUUCGAUGUCCCCCAGGAGCUUGGAGAUGAUGCCGAUAGCGACCUAGACUUUGACGCUGGACCAAGUGAUAGCCCGCUGAAUCUUGACUCGCAGUAUCUCGAAGAGAACAUCGUCCAGGAAGAGCUAUUUGACGCAACGUCUAGCUCGAUGCUCCGAGAAGGGGCCACCAAAUUCGAGGACACGAACGAUGGAGUUCUUCUUAGCACGGCUGGCCUAGAUAACCCAAGCAGCAGUGGGCUGGAGAUCAGCAGCAGUGACCUUUCUAUCACAGACGACUACUUCGACAAGGGACCGGUUGGCCGCGGCACUGCGCAUCGCUGGGACUCCAAGACGGACAGGUACGACCAGCACAAUGAGAUCAAGCUCCAGCGCAGCCCCUUGAAGCUUUGCGUUCGUGAUGUGCAUGUCAUCUGGCACUUGUUCGAUGGCUACGAUUGGGAGCGCACGCGCGAGGUCAUCGCCAAAGCCGUAAAGGAGGUGGAGGCAAAAGCAUAUGAGCGGCGGGCCAAAACAGACCGCAGGGGAGGAUUCGACCCAGAAUUCGGCGAGGAUGAACCCAUCAUUGGGGACUGUCUUUUUAAUUCCAUCUAUAUUGGCAUUCCGUCCAACCGUGAUCCCAAGGAGCUCGCCCAGGCGAUCAACCACGGCUUGCACGAUUUCGGAGACACAGAAUCGAUCGCAACCUCGACAGUCACAACUUCGACACUCCGUGCGGCCGGGCAACGCCGCAGAUCCAAGAGUUUGCGGCUAGAUCGGAGCAGGCGCCACAAAAUCACGUUCGAGCUCAAGGGCGUGAGCGCAGACGUGGUCAUGUUCCCGCCCGGCUCAGGGGAGACAGUUAACUCACUUGACAUCCGGCUCCGCGACGUUGACGUUUUCGACCAUGUCCCGGAGUCGACGUGGAAGAAGUUUGCCACGUAUGACCUCGACGCCGGCGAACGUGAAUUGGGCGCCGACAUGGUGCACGCCGAAAUCAUCACCACAAAGCCGGCAGAUACACCGGCUACCGAGAUGGUCAUCAGUGCCACCAUUCUGCCCCUAAGGUUGCAUGUUGAUCAAGACGCCCUCGACUUUAUCACCAGGUUCUUUACGUUCCGAGACGAAACGGCGCCGAUCCACGCGUCCCCGAGUGACGUCCCCUUCAUCCAACGGAUUGUGGUCAACAGCAUCCCAAUCCAGUUGGACUUCAAGCCAAAGCGAGUUGACUACGCCGGCCUGCGCUCGGGAAAAACGACAGAGUUUAUGAAUUUCAUGAUCCUCGAAGGCGCCCGGCUAGUUCUGCGCCGUGUCAUCUUGUACGGUGUUUCUGGGUUCGACCGGCUCGGUGAUCAGCUCAACGAUAUCUGGACUGUCGAUGUCAAGCGCAACCAGCUGCCCGGCGUCCUCGCUGGCCUGGCACCCGUACGCUCCCUCGUGAACGCCGGCUCCGGCUUCCGAGACCUGAUUGAAAUCCCGAUCCGCGAGUACCGCAAGGACGGCCGGAUCGUGCGUAGCCUCAGAAAGGGUGCCACCGCCUUUGCCAAGACGACCGGCACCGAAGUCGUCAAGCUCGGAGCCAAGCUUGCCAUCGGCACCCAAAACGUCCUGCAGGGUGCCGAAGGCCUGCUCGUGCCCCAGACCGGGGAGAGCAGCAGUAACGCGGCAGCCGUCGCCGCCGUGCUUGGCGAUGAUUGGGACGAGGCCGAGUACGAGGAGGAAAUCAACCGCAAGUUCAGCCUGUACGCGGAUCAGCCCCUCGGCAUCGUCCAGGGCGUGCGUGGCGCGUAUGCCAGCCUGGCGCGGGACCUGUCGGUUGCCAGGGACGCCAUCAUCGCCGUCCCCGCCGAAAUCAUGGAAAGCGAAGGCGCACAGGGGGCUGCGGCGGCGGUGCUCAAGAAGGCGCCUACCAUCAUCCUCCGGCCGGCGAUCGGUGCCACCAAGGCCAUUGGGCAGACACUGCUGGGCGCGACGAACUCGUUGGAUCCGAUGCAUCGGAAGCGGGUUGACGCGAAAUACAAAAAGCAUUGA